AUGACUAUUUUGCCUUCGAUUAUGAGCACGUCACAUCUGGCACAAGGCCAUGUUUAUCACACCUCGUCUAUGCCACCUCGAAGCCGAACCUUGUCCCCGAAAGGGCUUCCCAGACACCCUUCACUGGAGCUCUCGACUCGCUCACGAACGAGGACCGAGUGGCUGGAGGCUCACCACGCCAAGAGUUCAGGCGAGAUCCGGAACAUUCACGUGCUUGGGAUCAUCAACGGCAACCUGGUCGUCAGCUUCCAGGGCUCAGGUCGCGUCCGUGUCUUCGUCAACAACGAGCAUAGUCUGGAACUUCCAGAGACCAAUAGACUUGGCUCCACCUCCCCUUUCGGCGUCGACUGGACCAAGAAGUACAGCAAAUACGUCAUCAACAGCCGCGGCCUGCGCUUUGCUGAGUUUGUCUUGAAGGCGCUGCCAUCCCAGAUCCUGGUGGUUGGAGAGACGGCCUCCUCCGACGAGAAGCUCAUACCGGCAGCCAAGCCCAUCAUGGAGGUGGGUGUCAAGAUAUUGCUGAUCCCUAGAGGAGGAUUCUGA